AUGUUUGCUGCCAGUAAUCUGCGAUCUGAAGAUCAGUUUCUGUGCUCCGUCUGUCUGGAUGUGUUCGCUGAUCCAGUCACCACACCAUGUGGACACAACUUCUGUAAGAAGUGUAUCACUCAGCACUGGGAUAGAAAUGCUCCUUGUCAGUGCCCCAUGUGCAAAGAGGCUUUCUACUGUAGACCUCUGUUGAAGGUUAACACUUUGUUCUCUGAGGUGGUUGCUCAGUUCAGAGAUGAAACUCAACAGAAAGCCAAGAGGAGCAGCGCAGAGCAACAAGCUGCCAAACCAGGAGAAGUUCCCUGUGACAUCUGCACUGGAACCAGACUGAGGGCCCUGAAGUCCUGCCUGGUGUGUCUGACCUCCUACUGUGAGACUCACCUAGAACCUCAUCUGACAGUCAAAGGUCUGAAAAGACAUCAGCUGAUUGAGCCUGUGGAGAACCUGGAAGGCAGGAUGUGUAUGAAGCACGAUAAACAUCUGGAGCUGUUCUGUAAGACCGAUCAGACAAGUGUCUGCACGCUCUGCUCUGUUUUAGACCACAAGACUCAUGAGUUUGUACCUCUGAGAGAAGAAUCUGAAGAAAAGAAGACAGAGCUGAGGAAAAUGGAUGAUGAAAUUCAGCAAAUGAUCGAGAAGAGACGACAGAAGAUUCAGGAGAUCAAUGAGUCAGUGAAGAUGAGUAAAGAUGCUGCAGACAAACAGAAAACAGAAGGUGUUCAGAUCUUCACUGUUCUGAAGGAGUUUAUUGAGAAAGACCUGAAGAAGGUCAUAAAGGAGAUAGAAGACAAACAGGAAACAACAGAGAAACAGGCUGAAGAUCUCAUCAAAGAGCUGGAACAGGAAAUCUCAGAGCUGAAGAAGAGGAGCUCUGAGGUGAAGAAUCUAAUAUGCUCUGAAGACCACCUCCACUUUAUUCAAAGCUUCUCAUCUCUGAAAGCUGUUCCACCUGCCAAGGACUGGACUGAGGUCAUCGUCCUUCCACCAACGUAUGAGGGGACUGUGAUGAGAGCUGUGGCUCAGCUGGAGGAGACACUGAGGAUAGAAAUGAAGAAGCUGUUUGAGGCUGAGCUGAGGAGGGUCCAGCAGUAUGCUGUGGAUGUGAGUCUUGAUGCUGAUACAGCACAUCCUGAGCUCAUCUUGUCUGAUGAUGGAAAACAAGUGAAUCAUGGAGAUGAAAAGCACAAUCUUCCUGACAACCCGGAGAGAUUUUCUUACUGUGUUUGUGUUUUAGGAAAGCAGGGUUUCUCUUCAGGCAGAUUUUACUAUGAGGCUCAAGUUAAAAGAAAGACUGACUGGGAAUUGGGAGUGGCCAGAGAGUCGAUCGACAGGAAGAAAAUAAUGACUCUUAGUCCCGAGGAUGGAUUCUGGACUGUAGUGCUGAGAAAUGGAAAUGAGUACAAAGCUCUCGAUGAACAUGAUGUCUGUGUCUGUCGUCCGUCUGGUCCUGAGAAGGUGGGAGUGUUUGUAGAUUACGAGGAGGGUGUGGUUUCCUUUUAUGAUAUAGAUGCAGCAGCUCUUAUCUACUCCUUUACUGGCUGCUCCUUCACUGAGAAACUCUACCCAUACUUCAAUCCCUGUAAUAACGACAAUGGCAAAAACUCUGCACCUCUCCUCAUCCCUCCCAUUAAUCACAUUGAGUAG